AUGGGAACAAACUCGCCAAAUCCAAUUCCUUUUUCCGAACCGCCAUAUCUCUGCGGCCUUCCCUCACCAUACUACACAGAAUCUCAUCGUCGGUUUCAGAAAGCAUGCCGGGCAUUUAUCUGGGAGCAUCUGCAUUCCCAUGCCAUGGAAUGGGAGCGGGAGGGCACUGUUCCACCUCACGUAUUUGAAGUAUUUGGCAAACACAACAUGCUACUUCCAAACCUACCAUCUCCUUUACCAGUUGCAUGGCUGAAGAAGCUAGGUAUUCAUGAUAUCUUGGGUGUCAAGGUUGAAGACUGGGAUUUAAUAUACACCGGUAUAUAUUUGGAUGAGAUGUCGAGAUGUGGGCUGAGCGGGCCCCCGACCUCAUUGACAGCCGGUUUUGCAUUUGGAAUUCCGCCUAUGCUUGCAUUUGGUAGCCGGGAGCUACAGGAGAAAUUUCUCCCUGAUAUGUUGACUGCCAAGGUCAGGUCGUGCAUUGCAAUCACAGAACCUGAUGCAGGUAGUGAUGUUGCGAAUAUUACUACCACUGCAGAGAAGAGUGCGGAUGGGAAGCAUUACAUUAUCAAUGGCGAGAAGAAAUGGAUCACCAAUGGAAUCUGGUCAGAUUAUACCACUAUGGCCGUACGUACUGGUGGCCCAGGACCAGCCGGUCUAUCUAUGAUAGUCGUGCCAUUGAAAGGUUAUCCAGGCGUAACGAUGCGUCGACUCCCGGUCUCAGGUCAAGUUUGCGGUGGCACCACGUACAUCGAACUGGACAAUGUCAAGGUACCGGUUGAAAACCUCAUCGGCCAAGAGGGACACGGUAUGAAGUAUAUAAUGACCAAUUUCAACCACGAACGCCUCACCAUUGCUGUUGGAGUUACUCGUCAGGCUAGAGUUGCUCUCAGUGCCGCCGUCGAAUACUGCAUGAAGCGCGAAGCGUUUGGCAAGACCCUGAUGGACCAGCCUGUGGUAAGGCACAGGUUGUCUAAGGCCGGUGCGGAACUGGAGUCCAUGUGGGCUUGGGUAGAGCAGUUCUUAUAUCAAAUGAGCCAUAUGCCAAAGGCAGAAGGAGAUAGGAAGUUGGGUGGCUUGACUGCUCUGGCCAAGGCGAAGGCUGGGAUGGUUCUCAAUGAGUGUGCUCAGGUGGCAGUGUUACUCUUCGGCGGACUGGGAUUCACAAAGUCAGGACAGGGAGAAUUAGUUGAGAAAAUAUUGAGGGAUGUUCCUGGAGCUCGGAUACCUGGGGGUUCCGAAGACGUAUUACUUGAUCUUGCAGUUCGACAACUUGUCAAGAAUUUCAAGGCUGAAGCUAAGAAGCUGGGGCCGGCUGCAAAAUUAUGA